AUGAGCUCAAGAAGGACCACACAAAAGGAAAAUACGCCACAACCGCCGAAGCGCUCGUUACCUCAACGAGGGCGGUUUCCAGCGAUCUCCAAGCUCCUAUCACGCCCGGCAAGUCGUCCAGCGGUGCCCGCCUUCGCGCCCGGACGUAGUCGCCAACCUAGCCGAGAGGUCUCGUCCAUCCAGCCCCAUCAUCCCCGUUUAGACCGUGAUCCGCGCUACGGCGAGAUCCUCGCUGACGACCACGUCCACGACGAGAUUCGAGACCUCGGCCGGGAGGUCCGCACCGCGCUCCGGCAGCACCUCGUUCGGCAUGCCACGACCGAGGCGCAGGUCCUCGACGGGAUCCGCCGUUUCGGCCCCUCGCCCGCCUCCAAGCGGAUCCUCAACCGGGAAAACGAGGCCGCCCGCCUCGCCCUGGAGAAGGGUUUCUACGUUGUCUGGCGCUGCACCGCACCGCCGCGGCUGCCCGGCGCGAACACCGACUUCUGCUGCCGCGUCGGCCCCUCCCACACCUGCUUCUGCGGGCAUCGCCUGACGGCGCACGCGGGGUUCGCUGAUGGGGCUCCUUUUUCCUCUUCUUCUUCUUCUUUUUCGCCUCUUUCGCGGGGUUUCCCCUGCGCGGAGCCCCGCUGUGGCUGCCCCCGCUUCCACUACCUUCCGAAUGAGCCGGAGGAGAUCGGCGAGGGAUGGCUGAGCCGCCGGGUGGGGUGGGAUCCGGCGGCGUGGUCGCCCGCCUGCCGCUGCGGCCAUCCCGCCCACGCGCACGCCUCCACCCCCCCUUUCCGCUGCCGCCAUAAAACAGAAGAGGGGGGGAGAGGGGGGUGCCGGUGUAAGGGCUUCUCCGGGCGCUUCUGCUGCGUCGUCUGCGACCUCCCGUGGGAGGCCCACGAGACGGUGGUGGAGACCGUGGAGGAGCGGCGCCGCGCGGGUUUGCCCGUCGGCCCCGCUUUCUUUCCCCUCGCCGACGUCGACUGGGGGGUGCGGGAGAGGGUGUUGGAGGACCCGACAGGUGGGGGGGGCGCUCCAACCCCCUCCUUCUCCUUUUACUAA